AUGCUCUUCUCCGCCCCCAAGGUCCUUCUCGCCCUCGCUGCUACCACCGCCGCCACCAACGCCAACGUCAUCGAGCCUCGAGCUGAGACCCACAACUCAAGUUUGUCAACGAGUACUCCGGUCUUUUUGUACGAGGGCCACGGCAAACGUGGCGGCGGUACUAUCAACGGCGCUCUCAAGGGCGGUGUCGCAUGGCUCGACAACUACAAAAACUGCCAGAGCUCCGAUGUCAACUGCGGUAUCGUUGAGUUCACUCUUAUCAAUAAGAGUCACAAGGACCCGAACGGCAACUCUUAUCAGAACUCUGCCGACUACUCUCUCCUCACCGGGUCGGGCUUGGGCAACCAUCACACAUACAAGAUGGACUUUAAGUCUAACGGCAGCGGCUGCAACAAGGGUCCUGGCGCUUGUACCGGCAACUCUGCUUCUAAGUGUCCUGGCGCGUACCUCGGCUCUGCUACCACCGGCGGUGCCCCCACUCAAUGCGUCGCUGACAAUGUCGGGAUCACCAUCACCUUCUGUUGA